CGGAGGGCCCCUCUCCUGCAGUGCCGACAGCGCCCUCUGCAAUUCUCCCCAGGGAAAAUAGAGGAGAAGGGAAUACCAUGGGACAAACAGUGAAUGAAGAUUAUUUUGACUGGGACAAGUAUUUGAAAGAAACUGGUUCUAUAAGUGCUCCUUCAGAGUACUUCAGACAGUCAAAGAUUCCACCAACUAAUGAAUUCCAAGUUGGUAUGAAAGUGGAAGCCCGUGACCCUCGCAAUAUUGCUUCAGUGUGCGUUGCUUCUGUUAUUGCAACUACUGGUGCCAGAUUGCGUUUACGACUGGAUGGUAGUGACAAUAAGAAUGAUUUUUGGAGACUUGUUGAUUCAUCAGACAUACAGCCUGUUGGGACCUGUGAACAGGAAGGAGAUUUACUUCAACCCCCACUGGGGUACAGAAUGAAUGUUUCAUCAUGGCCCAUGUUCUUACUACGAACACUAACUGGAUCUGAACUGGCACCUGCAGGGUUCUUUAAGAAAGAACCACCACCACCACCCCUAAAUAAUUUUAAAGUUGGGAUGAAGAUUGAAGCCGUCGAUAGAAAAAAUCCAUUUUUGAUCUGUCCUGCCACAAUUGGAGCUGUCAGAGGAGAUCAAAUUCAUAUUACUUUUGAUGGAUGGAAUGGGACAUUUGAUUAUUGGUGCAAAUAUGACUCUCGGGACAUCUUCCCAGUUGGAUGGUGCUGCCUCACAGGAGAUGUAUUGCAGCCACCAGGAAACAUUGAAGCUGAAGAAAACCCUAAGGGCAGUGUAUUCACCAACCCUUUUGAGGAUGAAGACAGACCUGUAAAAGAUGAUCAAGCAGCCACAGCUGGGAAAAAACCCAAGGGCAGAGGAUUCACCAAACCUGGGAAAGACGAAGCCAGACCUGGAAAAGAUAACCAAGCAACUCCAGCCGGGAAAAAGCCCAAGGGCAGAGGAUUCACUAAACCUUGGGAAGAAGCCAGACCAGGGAAAGAUGUCCAAGCAACCCCAGCUAAGAAAAAGCCCAGGGGCAAGACAGACACCAAACCACAGAAAGACCAAACCGAACUUUUUGAGUAUGAAGAAGCAGCCCCAGCCAAGAAAAAACCCAAGGCCAAGACAGUAACCAAACCAUGGAAAGACCAAGCUGGACAUUUUGAGUAUGAAGAACCAGCAGCCCCAGCUACGAAAAAACGCAAGGGCAAAAAAGUCACCAAACCAUGGACAGACCAAGCUGGACUUUUUGAAUAUGAAGAAGCAGGUCCAGCUGAGAAAAAACGCAAGGGCAAAAAAGUCACCAAACCAUGGAAAGACCAAACUGGACUUUUUGAAGAUGAAGAAGCAGGUCCAGCUAAGAAAAAACGCAAGGGCAAGACAGUCACCAAAGCAUCGAAAGACCAAGCUGGACUUUUUGAAUACGAAGAACCUGCCCCAGGUGAGAAAAAACGCAAGGGCAAAACAGUCAUCAAACCUCGGAAAGACCAAGCUGGAAUUUUUGAAUAUGAAGAAGCUGUUCCAGCUGAGAAAAAACGCAAGGGCAAGCCAGUCACCAAACCUCGGAAAGAUGAAGCAAGUCAUUUUGAAAAUGAAGAAGCAGCCCAAGGUAAGAAAAAACGCAAGGACAAAAGAGUCAGUAAAUUUUGGGAAGACCAAGCCAAACUUUUGGAAGAUGAAGAAGCAAUUCCAGCUCUUUUCUCAGCUCUUUCAGUGAAGAGUGCAGAGAACACACCACCUUCCUCCUAUGAACAAACAAAAACCCCUACCUCUGAGAAAAAAAAGUCUUCCACCUCCAAAGGGGCUCAAUCUCCAAAAAAGAAGUCUCCACAGAAAACAACUCUUGCACUACCAGUACCAAAGACCAGCAAGAAAUCAGGAAAAACUAAACCGACUGGAGAUACUUCAGCUACAACGAAGGGUACUUGUAAAACUGUCUUACCAAAGGAAAAAGGUAGAAAGUCGGGGGUAAAGGAAAAAUGUAUUCCAGUUAUUUCUUCUACAUCUAAAGCAUCUCUCAGUUCACUAAUUAGAAGAUCUUCAUCUAAUAAGUUUCCUGUGGGGCCAUCUAAAAUAGUGAUGUCUACAGUCUGUGUCUAUAUAAAUAAACAUGGAGAUUGUGGCCCCUACCUGAAUCCACAGAAAGUUCAGCAGUUGCCUGACCAUUUUGGCCCAGGUCCUGUGAAUGUGAUUCUCCGGCGGACUGUGCAGGCCUGUGUGGAUUGUGCCAUUGAUUCCAAGACUGUGUUUUUAUUUAUUAAGCCAGAUAAUCGAGGAGGAGAAGUAAUAACUGCCUUCUUUGAUGAGAAAGUUCAUAGUGUUCAGCUCCCUCCCGUGAAUAGUGCAUCAUUUGCGCUUCGCUUUCUUGAAAAUUUCUGCCGCAGCAUGCAGUGCGAUAAGUUUUUGAGUAGCCAGCCUUUUAAACCUAAGGCUCAUAUUCCUACCUCUACUACAGAGCUUGAUCAAAACGAACCAGGACUAAGUGAGGAACUAAAGGAAAGUAGAAGACUCAAACGAUGUUCUCAGCGACCUCUAACUUUUGCUCCAGUCUCAUCAAAGGUUCCCAGAAAGAGUGGGCGAGCCUCUAAAGCUUCAAGUUAUAUAGCUGUACCUGACCCCAGUGUCCUGAAACAAGGCUUCUAUAAGGACCCUUCAACCUGGUCUGUGGAUGAAGUGAUACAGUUUAUGAAACAUACAGAUCCUCACAUAGCAGGCCCCCUCGCCGACCUCUUCAGGCAACAUGUAACGUAUCUUUUGAUCCGGUUUUCCUGCUGCCCUUAUGCCUUUGAAUGA